AUGUCUGACGACGAUUUCAUGCAGGAGUCGGAUGACGAACAGUAUGAUUUCGAAUACGAAGAUGACGACGAGGAGGAAUCGGGUGACGUCGACAUCGAGAACAAAUACUACAAUGCCAAGCAGAUGAAGGGCUCCGAACCCGAAGACGCCAUAACCGAGUUCUUGGGCAUACCAGAGCUGGAGAGCGAAAAGGGCGACUGGGGUUUCAAGGGUCUCAAGCAAGCCAUCAAGCUGGAGUUUAGGCUUGGCAAGUACGAUGACGCAGUUGAGCACUAUACCGAGCUUCUGACCUAUGUCAAGUCGGCCGUUACACGAAACUACUCCGAAAAGUCCAUUACGAACAUGCUGGACUUUGUUGAGAAGGAGGCAGGAAAUGGGCAGGCACAAAAGUGCCUUGAGAAAUUCUACUCAUUGACUUUGGAUUGUUUCCAAAGUACCAAUAACGAGCGACUCUGGCUAAAGACAAACAUCAAGCUCGCAAAGCUGUUGCUGGAUCGAAAGGACUAUCUCACGGUCACUAAGAAGCUUAGAGAGCUCCACAAAGCAUGCCAAAGAGAAGAUGGCACCGACGAUCCUAACAAGGGUACAUACUCUCUCGAGGUGUAUGCCUUAGAAAUUCAAAUGUAUUCGGAAACACGAAACAAUAAGCAGCUCAAGGCUUUGUACCAAAAGGCUCUCAAAGUCAGAUCCGCUGUGCCCCACCCUAAAAUCAUGGGCAUCAUUCGCGAGUGUGGUGGGAAAAUGCACAUGAGCGAGGAGAACUGGGAGGAUGCACAGAGCGACUUCUUCGAAUCAUUCCGCAACUACGACGAGGCUGGGUCUCUGCAGCGCAUACAGGUUCUGAAGUACCUGCUUCUGACCACUAUGCUUAUGAAAUCGGAUAUUAACCCCUUCGACUCACAAGAGACAAAGCCAUACCGCAACGAUCCGCGGAUCGCCGCCAUGACUGAGCUUGUCGAUGCAUAUCAACGAGACGACUUGCAUCAAUACUCCAAGGUGCUUCAGUCAAACCAGGACAUUCUAGGAGAUCCCUUUAUUGCCGAGAACAUUGAUGAAGUGACCCGCAAUAUGCGCACCAAGGGCGUGGUCAAGCUCAUUGCACCUUACACACGCAUGAAGCUGGCCUGGAUAGCCCGCCAAUUGAAGAUCCCCGAGAUCGAAGUACAAGACAUUCUCGGAUUUCUGAUUGUGGAUGGCAAAAUUGACGGCAAGAUUAACCAACAAUCUGGAACCUUGGAAAUUGAGUCUGGCGGCGAUGCCGAGCGCGUAAAAGCCAUUGGUAACUGGGCAACAUCACUUACGAGCAUGUACAACACCAUUUUUGAGGGAGAUGGUCUCAAGCAGAUCGAGUCUCAAGGUCCAGAGACCAUCGAAACUGUUAAGAAGAAGAUGGAUGUGAUGUUGGAUCCUUCCAUGGGCAUGAAAAGAGGCGAACGAACAGCACGGCGAGCUCCUCAGUUUUGA